UCUCUGUAUUCUGUAAGUCUCAAGCGGUCAAGCCCAAGACCCGUUAUCGUUCCGAUAGUUCAGAUUCGUGUAUUAAAUAUCAUUGUCGUGUUAUUGUCUUUCUUCAAUUUGAAUAAGAUUUUACCCUUGAUGAAAAAUGGCAAGUCCAGCAAAAAGUCAUGCUAGUAGCCGUACUUCAAGAUCUCGACGUCGUUCUGCAGGAGCGAUGUCGGAUAUUUCUGAUGUUGCUCCUUUGCCUUCCACUCCAUCUCAUCAUGGUGAUAAUGAUAUGGAUAUUGGAAUGAGUCCUGGAGGAGCUAUUAGCGAAUUGGAUUUAAACUCUCCUCUCAAUUAUGGAACUCCAAGUUCAAUUUCAUCUUUGAGAACUCCUCGCUCUGGGGCAAGAGGGACCCCUCUACAUCAACGUCCUGAUGUUCGUUCUGAUAGGAAAGUCCGCCAAGUCAAUUUGGGAGCUAAUGAACAGGGAAAUUUGACCCCAAUCAAGGAGCAAGCAGAAUCAGGAGGGCCACAAUUGGUCAUUUGGGGAACUGAUGUGGUUGUGUCUCAAUGUAAAACUAAAUUCUGUCGCUUCAUCAACCAAUUUUUGCAAAGUGAUGAAGAGGAUUUAGGGGAAAACAUGAAUGUCAAUGAACCUUACUACCUUCAAGAACUGCAACAGAUUGCUGAUUUGGAAGAUCCAUUCUUGAAUCUGAAUUGUUCACACUUGAAGGCCUUUGACGCUGACCUUUAUCGUCAAUUGAUCUGCUAUCCACAAGAGGUUAUCCCGACGUUAGAUAUGACUGUAAAUGAAAUGUUUUUUGAAAAAUACCCAGAUGUCAUCCUGCCUCAUCAAAUUCAAGUCAGGCCCUUUUGUGCCGACAAAACCAAGAACAUGCGUGCUCUAAAUCCUGAAGAUAUUGAUCAGUUAAUCACUAUUAGUGGUAUGGUUAUUCGCACGAGCAACAUCAUUCCUGAAAUGCGUGAAGCAUUCUUUCGCUGCAAUGUAUGUAGCAACACGGCUUCUGUUGAAGUUGAUCGUGGACGAAUUUUGGAACCAACUCUUUGUGCCAUGUGCAACACAGGGCAUUCCUUUUCCAUCAUUCACAAUAGAUCACAAUUUUCCGAUCGUCAGAUGGUUAAACUUCAAGAGUCACCAGAUGACAUGCCAGCAGGUCAGACACCUCACACCGUGUUUGUCUUUGCUCACAAUGACUUAGUGGACAAGGUUCAGCCGGGCGAUCGCGUUACCGUGACCGGAAUUUAUCGUGCCGUUUCGUUGCGCGUAAACCCAAUUCAAAGCAAUGUCAAAUCUGUUUAUCGUACUCAUAUUGACGUUGUACAUUAUCGCAAAAUCGAUGUCCAUCGCCUUCGAAAUCAAACCGAACGAGGGAAAGAAACGCGUUUUUCUGCUGAACGCGAAGCAUUACUUCACGAACUUUCCAAGAAACCAGAUAUUUAUGAACGUUUGGCUCGAGCCAUCGCUCCAUCCAUUUACGAGAAUGAAGAUAUCAAAAAAGGAAUUCUCCUUCAACUCUUCGGUGGCACCAAAAAAGAUUUCACGGAAGUUGGUCGUGGAGGUUUUCGCUCGGAAGUAAACAUCCUUCUUUGUGGUGAUCCUGGUACUAGCAAGUCUCAGUUGCUGCAGUACAUCUUUAAUUUGGUCCCACGAUCACAAUAUACCUCUGGCAAAGGAAGUUCGGCUGUUGGUCUCACUGCGUAUGUGACAAAAGACCCUGAAACCAAGCAGCUUGUCCUUCAAACUGGUGCUCUCGUUCUGGCAGAUAAUGGUAUCUGUUGCAUUGACGAAUUCGAUAAAAUGUCCGACGCCACUCGCAGCAUUCUUCAUGAAGUAAUGGAACAACAAACGUUGAGCAUUGCUAAAGCUGGUAUCAUCUGUCAGCUAAAUGCUCGUACAUCGAUCUUGGCCGGAGCAAAUCCAAUCGAAUCUCAGUGGAACAAAGACAAAACCAUCAUUGAGAACAUUGAACUGCCUCAUACAUUAUUGUCAAGGUUCGACUUGAUUUUUUUGAUGUUGGAUCCUCAAGACGAACUUUAUGACAAACGCCUUGCUCGUCAUUUAGUUUCUUUGUAUUACAGUGUAGCUGAAGAAAAUGAAACGGAUUUCAUGGAACUCGAUGUCUUACGCGAUUAUAUGGCUUAUGGUAAAGAGCAUGUUAAUCCGAUGUUGAAUGACGCAGCCACCGUUCGUCUGGUAGAGGCCUAUGUUGAAAUGCGACGAAUUGGAAGCGGUCGUGGUCAGGUGUCUGCAUACCCUCGACAACUGGAGUCACUUAUUCGUCUUUCGGAAGCUCACGCUAAAGUUCGUUAUUCAGAAGUCGUCGAAGUUUAUGAUGUCGAAGAGGCUUAUCGCUUACAUCGUGAGGCGCUGAAGCAAUCUGCCACCGACCCCAUGUCAGGCAAAAUUGAUGUCAACAUUCUUACAACUGGGUUAAGCUCAAUGGCUCGGAAGAAACGCGGAGAAGUGGCUGCUGCACUCCGUAAGAUGAUAGAAUCAAAAGGCAAAACCAGUUCAUUAAACUAUCAAAAAGCCUUUAAUGAAUUCAAAGCAGGAUCUGCUGUGAUGAUCACCAGAGACAUGUUCGAAGAUGCGUUGAAAGAUUUGCAGGAUGAUGGAGUUGUAGUCGUUGCUGGCCGUUCUUCCAUCAGAAUAUGUCAUUAAUAGUUUGACGAGUUAUCGUGCUUUAAGUAUUUAAACUGGCGAUGCACUGAAGAUACCAGAUUGAAGGCAACAAUGAUUUUACUAUUCGUGUCUACACGCUUUUUUCCCCAAUAAAUGGUCUUGCAUUAAAAUUA